UGCCUGUGUUGUGUAGUUUAAACAGGCAAGCAAGUGGAGGAAACUGUGUCUGCGCCACUUUUUAGCCGCUCCACAAACAUUUAAUUUGUUUUCCUUUUAAAUCGCAAACUUGCCUAAUAAUUCAUGCUGCUGUAAACUUCAAUACGUUUUUAACUAUGUAACGUUUUGCUUGAAACAUACAAAAGUGUUGCCAAACUGGAAUAAAGUUUUAAAGGAAGAUACUGCGUGUUCAGGAAAACUUGAUAUUUGUAAGCACAAUGACUGAAGAAGGGAAAGCAGAACACAGAGGUGAAAGCGGGAAAGAUUUGGAAAAACAGCUCCGUUUAAGAGUUUGCGUUUUAAAUGAGCUUUUGAAGACGGAGAGGGAUUAUGUGAGCACCCUGGAGUUUCUCUCGGCAUUUCUUCAUCGACUAAACCAGUAUGCUGCUUCAAAAAUGGAUAAGAAUGUGACCGAAGAAACAGUUAAGAUGUUGUUUUCUAAUAUUGAGGACAUUCUGUCGAUGCACAAAGAGUUCCUGUCAAUGAUUGAGGAGCUACUGCAGCCUGAAGCCAGCGCACAUCAUGAAUUGGGGCUCUGCUUCCUGCAGUUUAGAAACAGAUUUCAGAUUUAUGAUGAAUACUGCAGCAAUCACGAAAAAGCACAGAGGCUUCUCCUGGAGAUGAACAAAAUAAGGACUGUCCGGACAUGUUUACUGAACUGCAUGCUGCUAGGAGGGCGGAAGAACACCGACGUGCCACUUGAAGGUUAUCUGGUAGCUCCAAUUCAAAGGAUCUGCAAGUAUCCUCUUCUUCUGAGGGAGUUGUUAAAGAGGACCCCGAAGAAGCACAAUGACUAUUCACUGGUGCAGGAGGCUCUCCAAGUCAUGAAAGCUGUUUGUUCCAACAUCAAUGAAGCAAAGAGGCAGAUGGAGAAGUUAGAGGUCCUGGAGGAAUGGCAGUCUCAUAUCGAGGGAUGGGAGGGUUCAAACAUUACGGAUACAUGCUCUGGGAUGUUGAUGCAGGGGAUCUUGAUGAAAAUUUCAUCUGGAAAUAUCCAGGAGCGGAAGUUCUUUCUUUUCGAUAAUCUGCUUGUGUAUUGCAAAAAGAAACACAGACGUUUAAAGAACAGCAAAGCUGCUACAGAUGGCCCCCGCUGUCUGUUCCGUGGAAGAAUCAAUACUGAAGUUAUGGAAGUGGAGAACAUGGAUGAUGGGACAGCUGACUUCCACAGCAGUGGAAACAUAGUGUACAAUGGCUGGAAGAUACACAAUACAGCUAAAAACAAAUGGUUUGUGUGCAUUGCAAAGAGCCCAGAGGAGAAGCAGGAGUGGCUGGAGGCUUUUCUGAAAGAACGAGAAAGGAGAAAAAGCCUCAGACUGGGUAUGGAGCAGGAUACCUGGGUGAUGGUUUCAGAGAAGGGAGAAAAGCUCUACAACUUGAUGUGCAAGCAAGGACACCUCAUCAAAGACAGGAAGCGGAAACUCACCACUUUCCCCAAGUGCUUCCUUGGAAGUGAGUUUGUGUCGUGGCUGAUGGAGAUAAGAGAGGCUGACAACCCAGAAGAAGGGGUUCAUCUUGGGCAGGCUCUGCUAGAAAAUGGCAUAAUCCACCAUGUUACAGAUAAGCACCAGUUUAAGUCUGAACCAGUGUUGUACAGAUUCAGAUAUGAUGACGGGACGUACCAUCCAAGAAGUGACAUGCAGGAUGUCAUCUCCAAGGGCGUCAGGCUGUACUGUCGGCUUCAUAGCUUGUUUACACCAGUGAUCAGGGAUAAAGAUUACCAUCUGAGAACAUACAAAUCUGUGGUGAUGGCAAAUAAGUUGAUAGACUGGCUUAUUGCGCAGGGAGACUGCCGGACAAGGGAGGAGGCAAUAAUCUUGGGUGUAGAACUUUGUGACAAUGGAUUCAUGCACCAUGUGCUGGAAAAGAGUGAAUUCAAGGAUGAGCCGUUGUUGUUCCGAUUCUUUGCUGAUGAAGAAAUGGAAGGCUCAAACACCAAGCACAAACCCAUGAAGCAUGAUUUAAAAAUAGUUGAAAAUGUCAUAGCUAAGUCCCUGCUGAUUAUACAUAGCGAAGGAGGUUAUGGUUUUUCUUUAGAAGACAGAAAUACAGUGCCAAUAGUCAAGUCUGUGGAAAAGGGAUCACGUGCUGAGAUGGCUGGUCUGGAGCUGGGGAAGAAAAUAUUUGCCAUCAAUGGAGAUCUGGUUUUCCGAAGACCUUUCCAGGAAGUGGAGUGUUUCCUGAAGCAGUGCUUCAAUAGCAGGAGUCCUCUCAGGGUGCUGGUGAGCACCAAGCCAAGAGAGACUGUAAAGAUCCCAGACUCAGCGGAUGGCCUUGGAUUCCAGAUUCGGGGCUUUGGCCCUUCUGUUGUGCACGCUGUUGGCAGAGGAACUGUGGCAGCUAUAGCAGGCCUGCACCCUGGACAGUGUAUUAUCAAAGUGAAUGGGAUUAAUGUCAGCAAGGAGAGCCAUGCAAGUGUGAUUGCACAUGUUACAGCCUGCCGCAAAUACAGGCGACCAACACAGCAAGAUUCUAUAAAAUGGGUUUAUAACAAUACUGAAAGUGCUCAAGAAGACCUUCAGAAAGCCAGUCUGAAGCCCCCCGGGGAUGGCAGUGGUGAUGUGUUUGAAUGUAAAGUAGAAGAGGUGAUUGACAAAUUCAGCACUAUUGCGAUAAUCGAUGGAAAGAAGGAUCAUGUGAGCCUGACGGUCGAUAACGUUCACCUGGAAUAUGGGGUUGUGUAUGAGUAUGACAGCACUGCCGGGAUGAAAUGCCAUGUGCAGGAGAAAAUGGUUGAACCCAAGGGAUUCUUCAGCCUAACUGCAAAGAUCCUUGAAGCACUGGCGAAAAAUGAUGAGCAAUUUGUACAAAACUGCCACAGACUAAGCUUAAUACAUGACAUGAUCCCAGCUGACCUUCGACCUAAGUUUGCCACCAUGUGUAGUGAGAGGAUCGAACACGUCAACAGAAGAGUCACCAAUUACAGGAAGUUUUCCAGGGUGCUGAAAAACAGAGCCUGGCCGACAUUCAAGCAAGCCAAGACUAAGGUAUCCCCACUGCACAGCAGUGACUUUUGCCCAACUAACUACCACACCAAUAUAAUGGAGGUGUCCUACCCCAAAACCACCACCUCAUUGGGAAGUGCUUUCGGCGUACAGCUUGACAACCGGAAAAACUCAACACUGGAGAAAGUGAACAAGAGCACAGAACAAGGCAAGCUGAACCCCAUGGUGUAUGUUCAGCACACCAUAACCACCAUGGCAGCCCCCUCUGGUCACAGCCUGGGCCGACCGGAUGGUCAUGGCCUGCGGUUCCUCUUAAGGGAGGAAGAUCUGGAGACACUGGAUGCCUACCAGAGGCUGCUCAGCAAACUGCAGACAAUGGUGAAGGAGAUGGAGAGUUACGCCUGUCAGAUUGAUGACCUUCUCUCUUCAAUAACAAAUCCUCCAGCUUUAGAAUGCAAAACAGCUGAGACCUACAUCACCACAGACAAUGAAAAUGAGAGGGGGGAACGCAAUGGCAAACGCGUCUGCUUUAAUGUAGCUGCCGACGAGCAGGAGGACUCUGGUCACGACACCAUCAGCAACAGGGAUUCGUACAGUGACUGUAACAGUAACAGGAACUCAAUAGCCUCUUUCACCAGCAUCUGUAGCAGCCAUUGUAGUUCAUACGUACACAGUGAUGAGAUGGAUUCAGGAGAUGAGCUGCCCCUUAGUGUACGGAUUUCUCAUGAUAAGCAAAAGAAAUUACACGGCUUUCUGGAACAUCUCUUUAGUCAGGUGGAGUCAACCACAAGUCUUUUAAAGGGUCCAGCUGUGGCAAAGGCCUUUGAGCAGACCAAAUGCUUCACUCCAGGUCGAGGGCUACAAGAGUUCCAGCAGGAGAUGGAGCCCAAGGUUAACUGCGCUAAGAAGCUGAGGCUUCACGUCAAGCAAGACCCGUGGAACCUUCCCAGCAGCGUCCAGAGUCUAACACAGACCAUCGGCAAGUCUGUGGAAGAGGUGAAGACCCGCAUUCUUCUGGUUCUGCUCGAAUACACAGACUCGGAGAUUCAGCUCAGACGAGACAUUGUUUUUUGCCAAAGUCUGGUCGCUGCAGUCUGCGCUUUCUCGGAGCAGCUAUUGGCAGUCUUGAAUCAGACACAUCACACUGGCAAGGAAUAUGAAACGGAGACUCAGGAGACCAGCAAAAGGUGGCUGGAGCAGAUAGCCAGCACAGGGCUGCUGUUUCACUUCCAGUCCAUGCUCUCACCAAAUCUGGCUGAUGAGCAGGCAAUGUUGGAGGAUACGCUAGUUGCCUUAGCUGACCUGGAAAAAGUAACUUUUUACUUCAGACUUUCUGAAGGAGAACCACUGGUUGCAAAUAUGCCCAUCACAUAUCAGGUUGAAGGAAGUCGGCAAGCAAUAAAAGUUUACUUUUAUCUUGAGAAUUAUAAUUUUGAGCAGCUUCCGCAAAGGCUAAGGAAUGGCGGUGGAUUUAAAAUCUACCCUGUACUUUUCACACAAGCUUUGGAGAGCAUGGAGGGGUACUAUUACAGGGAUAACGUAUCUGUGGAAGAGUUGCAGGCUCAGAUUAAUGCGACUUCCCUGGAAAAGGUUAAACAGUACUACCAGAAGCUCAGGGCCUUCUAUCUGGACAAAUCAAAUUUCGAUCCAAGCUCAACACCUAAAGCGGCCUUAAUAGACAAGCUCAUGCGGCCUCUCAAUGCACUGGACGAGCUCUAUCGAUUGAUAGAAUCUUUUCUCAGCUCGAAGCGCACGGCAGCCUGCCAGUACACAGCCUGUGGAGCCUCGGGAGUCGGCUUACUGUCAGUGGCUUCAGAGCUCUGUAACCGCCUGGGAGCCUGCCACAUCAUGAUGUGCAACAGCGGUGUCCACCGCUGCACCCUGAGCGUCACUCUGGAACAGGCCAUUCUUCUUGCCAGAAGCCACGGGCUACCUCCUCGCUGCAUCAUGCAGGCCACUGAUGUGAUGCGAAAACAGGGAGCAAGAGUACAAAACUCUGCCAAGAACCUGGGAGUGAGGGAUCGUACACCACAGUCCGUUCCAAGAUUGUACAAGCUCUGCCAGCCACCACCCCCUGAUGGAGACUCAUGAAGACACCUGACUACGGUUUCUGUCCAGCAGCAGACAGCAAUUCUGAGCAUUCUAACAGUACUGGCCUGGAAUACCUAGAGCAUUCCAACAGUACUGGCCUGGAAUACUCAGAGCAUUCCAACAGUACUGGCCUGGAAUACUCAGAGCAUUCCAACAGUACUGGCCUGGAAUACGGAUGGGUCUCAAGAUAACCCUACCUAAAUGUUUCUAAAUUGACUCCUACCCCCCUCUUUCUCCCUUUUUGAUGUGUUUUUUUUUCUUAAAUUAAAAUAAUAACUUUAUGUAAAUAGUGAAAUUACAUGUACCUAUAUAUUAUAUAUACAUAUUUUUAUUGUGAAAAAGCAAUGCUAUAGUUUAGUUUUUUGUUGUUGAUCUGUUUAAAAACAUUAGUUUUCAUUUUCCUACACUUUCAAAUCUGUUAAGCACCGCACUCAAAGGCUGGUCUAACUUUGCGUGCAGCUAGUCAGAAUAAAUUAGCUGCCUUUCACACUGCAGUAAGCCAUAUGCACACUUAAAGGUUGUACUGGGAGUCAAGGCAAGGAAAGAGCCAUAAUCACUGACUCCAGUAAAACAUACAGGUGCACCCCACUUAUACUGGACUCCAAGGGACAACGGAAAUCAGUACUUUGUAAAUGAAGUACGUAGUAAACACAGUAUUCAAAAUGCUGUAUGUAACUGCGAACACUGGUACCUUAAAUAUGAACAAUACGAGAAAGCUCAACUGCCAAAGAACAGGAGUUUAUUAUUUAUACAAAACACGCCCCUGUGGGCUGUUAAAUGUAAUAAGUAGUACCAUUUUACAAAUUUAUAUUUUUGCUAAAUGUAAUUAAAAUUGUAUACAUAUGUUAAAACUGUACAACGGCUGUGCCAACAAAAACAUAGACGAACAAAGUAAACAGCAACUGUUUUUCCUGCCUGACGUCACAAAUGCUGCUGUGACUGUCAUUUACUGUCCCGGAUGUAGCUUAUUUGCGCAAAAUAUCUACAUGUGGAACAAGAACACUGUACAUAUUAAACAGCACUAUAUAUAUAUUAAACUGUAUGUAUUAAAUGCAAAAGACCUGCUUGUGGAACAGGAAACUGUACAUAUUAAACAGUAUACUGUAUACGUUUUAACCAGAGUGAUUCCCCAUUAAAACCCAUGUUGUUUGGCAGGGACGUGCCUCCUCAGUACGUUGUAAACGGAACUCUGUUCUAAGGAUCCGUUAUAAGUGGAGUGCACCUGUACUAUGAUAAGAUACAUUCCGGAAU